CUUCCACGAAUGUUUCGUUUCAUACGAUAGGCUCCCAUUUAUAUAUACAUAUAUAUAUAUAUAUGUAUGUUGAUACCUGUAGAAUCGGUUGUCUUCGAUGACGUCGCAGUGUGUCAUUCACAGUGUGUGUAUGCGUGUGUGUGUGUGAGCGGGGCAUCUUUUUUGAUUGAGCAAAAAAGCACUUUAAUUUGAGAACGUUUUCGGCCGUUACAUUGUUUUCAACUCUUUUUAUCCGCAAACAAACAAAAAGCAUUUGACGUUCCAUUGUACAAUAUGUCGGGGAAAAGUAAUAAACGUGAUCGCAUACGAGAUCCACGCGAGGAAAUUCUUCUCGAGACGAACUUUGAGGACGAUGGAGGAGUCUCGACGCGAGCGUACAACAAUAAUCCCUAUAAUGGGAAUGGGAACGGUGGCGGCGGGGGCAGCAUACAGAAUCGACGACGCAGCUCGUAUCGUUCAGACCACUCCUUGGAUAGAUACACAGAGCGAGGUGGUGAAGGUGACUGUUGCCAAUCAUGCAUGGCGCGUAUACCAUACGCCACACUAAUAGCCACGUUAAUGUGUCUACUUGGUGUUGGCAUCUUCUGUUUUACCAUGUACCGUGGAGCCUCACUUACUGUCAUAAUGGUUGAUCAAGUCUUUCACUUGCGUCUGAUAUGGAUUGAGGCAGUGCAAAUGAUAUUUGUGAUAAUUGCGGCUGGGAUGGCUGCUCUUGGAUUUAUGAUACUUUUCGUCGGCUUUCUGGCGACUGGAUCAACAAGAUAUAAGGUCUAUAGAGCUUGGCGUUCCCGUGUUGGUGGACGGAUCUCUUGUGCGGUUCUAAUGGGCAUUACAUAUUUACUGAAUUUUGUAUGGAGUUUGAUAUUAUGCUUUUUGGUUGUCGUCACCUUUAUAUACACAAUGUUCUGGAAUAUGUGCUCCAGUGUGGAGCAUUCGCUUAGCUGUAUCGAUUUGACACAAUUUCAUUUCAUGUUCCCACCAAAUACCAAACUGGAGGACAUGAAAGUUUGCGAGAAAUAUGAAAUUAAAGCAUUUUGUAAGGAUGGUGUUGAGAAUGCCGAGGUAAUGUUCAUCUUGGCCACAUUGUCAACGCUAUUGGUUAUCCUUAGUUUGGUCCAUUAUCUGAUGUGUUUGUCUGCCAAUUAUGCGCACAUAAGGGAUCAUGAGAAAUUCCAAGAGCUGCAGGAAAUACAAAAUCUUAACGAAAUCGAGUAUAGCGCCACAUCGAAAGAUCGCUUCUAGGAAAUAUUUCAGAAGAUUCAAUUUGAGCUUAAAGAACAGUGAGGCGCUACUUUGACACACAUACAUAUACAUGCAUCUAUAUACAUAUACGUGAAUGUAUUUUGGCACACCGCACACAACGAAACACAAUGCAAUGAAAAACAAAAACAACAACAACACAAUAACAAAAGCUUUUUGAUUUUUGUGUGUUUUAAAAACCUAUAUAGUAUAUUUUUUACUGUGGAUUUACAAUUUAA